AUGGCUAGAACCAAGUUCCUCGCACUUAGCUUCAUUGUCCUCCUCGGCAUUGGACUAUCCAAUGUUGCAAGGGUUUCUCGAUAUGUGAGUGCCGGGGGUGGAGGUGGUGGCGGAGGUGGAGGUGGUGGGUCAGGGAAUGGUUCGGGGUCGGGAUCUGGCUAUGGCUCUGGAUCUGGGUAUGGCCAGGCAGGUGGUUCUUCUGGUGGAGCAUAUGCUAGUGGGGGCGGCAACGGUGAAGGUGGUGGAGGGGGACAGAAUGGAGGAUCCGGAUACGGUUCAGGCUCUAGUUCUGGGUAUGGUCAGGCUGACGGGUAUGGGUCUAACGGUGGAGCGUAUGCUCAGGGACGCGGACAAGGUGGAGGUGGAGGGGGUGGACAAAAUGGCGGGUCUGGUUCUGGCUCUGGUUCCGGUUCUGGGUAUGGUCAAGCUGGUGGGUAUGGACCUUAUGGUGGAGGGUAUGCCCAGGGUGGUGGUCAAGGUGGAGGUGGCGGUGGUGGACAAAAUGGUGGGUCAGGAAGUGGAUCCGGUUCUGGUUCUGGAUAUGGUCAAGCUGGCGGAUAUGGCCCAUAUGGUGGUGGUUAUGCUCAGGCAGGUGGGCAAGGCGGUGGUGGCGGUGGCGGUGGUGGGUAAUAUGGUGGUUCUGGACAAGGUUCCGGUUCCGGAUCUGGUUAUGGUCAGGCUGGUGGAUAUGCACCUUAUGGUGGUGGAUAUGCUCAAGUUGGUGGUCAAGGUGGCGGCGGCGGUGGCGGUCAAAGUGGUUCAGGUGGCAGCGGGUAUGGUAAUGGCUCGGGAAGUGGUUCUGGGUCUGCUGGUAGCGGCGGUGGACACCCAUAAAAAGUGAAUUUUUCAGGAGUGCAAUUCGAUCUGAUGCGACCAUGCUUACUAAGUAAUAUGGUUCACAUGUACCAAAAUGUUUUUUUUUUACUUGUAUAAGGAAUAAUUGGCCAUUCCAUGGCUUCUGUAAUAAGAAUGGCACGUGG